AUGGCUCCACAAUUGAACAAACCACUACCAACCGGGGACUUUUCGUUCCAGUACAUCGCCAUCUCCCCCAAGGAUGCUGACCAGGAGGCCUGCAAGAUGCCGCAGAGUGUCAAGUGGGCUGACCUGAUCAAGGACAACAAGACAGUUGUGAUCACUGGUGCUCCCGCUGCGUUCUCCCCCACGUGUUCCGUCUCGCACAUCCCAGGGUACGUCAGUUACGCGGAGGAGUUGGUCGAGGAUAAAGGUGUCGACCAGGUUGUUGUUGUCACGGUGGACAACCCGUUCGCCAACCAGGCGUGGGCGCGCAGUCUUGGCGUCAAGGACACCACGCACUUGAAGUUCGCCUCUGACCCAGUGGCGAAGUUCGUCAAGUCGCUUGGGUACGAGUUCAAAGUCGGCGACGACGUUUUCUGGUCCGGGAGAUGGACCGUCAUUGUCAAGGACGGCGUGGUCACAUACGCUGCCUCUGAGAAGAACCCAGCGAGCGACGUCACCGUUACCUCCGUCGAGGAGGUCUUGGCACACUUGUAA